AUGGGACGUAAAAUACCGGCGAAAAAGCAUCGUGGUGUAAAGGAUCCUAUAGUGCAACAGGCGAGACGCUUAGAAGGGUUAAAGGGCAAAAUAAAUGCUCCACCAAAGGACCCUGAUGAGCAGCCAGUGCCCAAAUCAUUGACAAGACUUUUUGCAUUCCAGGAUAAAAAAACGGAAAUAAAUGUUGCAAAGAAAAAUAAGUUUAACAGUCAGAUAAAAAAUAAUAAAGGCGGCAGUGCGAGCGCCGCGAGCCCCAACCCCGUGUCUCGGCUGCGCAAGCUGCCCGGGGAGUCCGGCCGAGAGUUCUCACUCCGCAUCAACAGCGCUGUGAAAGCUCUACACAACCCGAUUGAAGACCUACACUAUCCUCGAGAUUUUGAAGCAGAAGAUGAAAAGGGGUUACGAAUGAGUGAACACCGCGAGCGACGUGCACGGAAACGUCGCAAGGCGGCGCUGGCAUCGCGCGGGGACUCAUCCGCUGCAACCGAGCCGCGCCUCUCCAGGACACAGAAACUCGCCCUCAAGAAGAAAGCUAAAAAGUCGAAAGCUAUUCAGGCGAGCAACGAGCGCCAGGAGGUGGUGUACGAGCGAGUGUCGUUUGGCGAAGUGACGCACGCACCGCCGGCCCUGCACUUCAAGGCCGCGGCCGGCGCUCCGCGGCCGGGCCGCCGCCAACUACUGCUGAACUCGCUGCUGGGCCCCGGGGCCUCGGCAGCGGGCGCCCGAGUCGCGGCCGGCGGCCAAACCCCGUCCGAUGCCGAGCGCGCGCGCAUGCAGGCCGUGGCAGCGUACCGAGCGCUCAAAGCCAACAAACACAAAAUGAAAUAA